AUGAAACCGCAAGAAAUACCACAGUAAGCUGCUUAAAGUGAUCAUGAGUUUGAUAAACAUCAUCAUCAUGAAAGUUAGGCAGAUGAUCAUGGCGAUGAACAUCACUUGCGAGAAUACACUUAAAAGGAGUUGAGGAGUAUCAAAAUCUAGGGUGUUAUUUGUUUAAUUGGAGGAAUUGCUCUACACUUUGUACUCGGAACAUUUUAUCUCUGGGGUGGAAUUAGUAGGCAUUAGUUAUUUAUUUAGGUCCCUAUGUUGGUGCUUAUAUGAAAGACAAGGAUCCAAGUGUCACAUAAUCGACACUCUAGAUCAUAUUUCCUAUAUUAGGAAUUGGAUUAUUUUCUGUCCUCUCGUUUGGAGUAAAAUUAGCUCAACGAAUCGGAUACAAAACAAUGGUUGGAUUGGGUGGGAGCAUCAUAUCGCUGGCCUUUUUAAUAUUGUCAUUCAUAAACAACAUUUACGCAUUCAUUUUCAUAUAUUGUUUCAUGGUUGGUAUUCCAUCUGGAUUAGUAUAUAUGUUACCCAUAAGUAAGAUAUUAUUAAACGUGUAGUUUGUGGUUGGAAAUUCUUUCCCUUCAAUAGAGGAAUGGUGUCUGGUUUGAUUAUUGCAGGAUAUGGAUUUGGAGCAUUUAUUUUUAAUUUUGUGUGUAAGGCAAUUUGUAAUCCAAAUAAUGAGGAACCAAGUGUUCCUUUUGAGGAGGAUGGAAAAAUCAAAAAAUACUUCCCCAAAGAUGUGUUUAAACAUGUUCCCUUCAUGUUUCAGAUGAUGGCAUUGUAACUAUCUUUAUAUAUAUAAUUUUAGAUCCUAUUUUAUAUUAACAAUAAUAGCCACAUUAUUAAUAAAAUAUCCAAGGGAUCUUCAUCUUGAAUAUUAGGCUGUUUUGGGGGAUGGAACCAAGAAACCAAGUGGAAUAAAUCAUGAGAAAUCAAUUGAUUAUCAUCCAACAGUGUUACAUGCAGAAUGCGAGACUCUAGGAUAAGGAAUCAAAUCAAGGCCCUUUUGGUUUUUGAUAGUCAUGGUUUUAUGCUCAGUUAUCUUUGGGUUAUUGAUGGCAAAUUGUUACAAAGUGUUCGGUUAAACUGUAAAAUCUAAAUGAUCUAUAAUUUUAGCUUGGGAUUGAUGACUCAAGUUUGACUGUUCUUGGGUCUGUUUAGUCGGUAUGUAAUGGAGGAUCAAGAUUUUUAUGGGCUGUGUUAUUUGAUAAAUAUGGCUUUAAGAAACUCUAUUUAGUUAUUUCAGUAAUUAAUCUGAUUUGUAGUGCCACAAUCGGAUACAUUAAUAAUAGCUAUGCUGGAUAUUUUAUAAUUUUAUGUUUGACAAUGUUUUGUGAAGGUGGUCUAUUGUCAUGUUACCCUGCUGUUAGUGCUAAGGUGUUUGGGCAUAAAGUAAAUAAAAUACUAAUGUGUAGGUUGGACCUGUCAUAUAUGGAGGUUUAUUCUUUGUGAUAGGCAUAUCAAACAUGUUGGGAUACUUGUUGUACAAAUUUGGAGAACCGAAAAUAGGGUACAAUGGAGUAUUUUGGAUUGUAUUUGGAUUUUGUUGUGUGGCAUUUGUCUUGGGUGUGUUAUUUAAGGAGGAACAUGAAUGGAAGAAGGAAAAAAAAUGA